AAAAUGAGUAUUUUUUUUACAAAAAAAUCUGUUAUUUUGGUCUAGCUUGGCCCUUUUCAAGCUUCUGUUAUAAUGGCUUUGAGAGAAAACUGAACUGCAUGCUGUCAGUCUUGUGAGGGCCUCUGAGACAACCUGAUCCAACAUGUCACAUGUGGGGAAACUGAGACCCACAUAAGUGCAUAAGGCAUAGCACUUAUGCAAGAUCAUAAAGGGAAGUAGAGGCCCCAGAUCCCCUGUUUGGGGCUCAGGCAGCUGUGCAAAUGUUACAGUCUAUGGGUCUAUGGGCCUGAAUUACAACUAGAAUUUAUGGCUAACCUGCAUUAGUUGCUAACUACAAGUAUGGCCCUGAAUGCCGAGCAUAGCUGACCUCACAGACUCACUCAGGGACAAGCUGGCCUGGGAGUGACAGGUGAGAGAGCAAAGGGCAGCUGGGUGGGCGUGGAGCCAGCCAGGUGUGCCCCAGGCCCCUCCCUCUCAUCUCCAGGUCUCACCCAGCGCUGCCUCCUCCCUGGCAGGGCUGAAGGCUUACUUACUGCCCCUGGCUGAGCUCGGACAGAAGAAUGAAAAGUCUCCGCUGGCGUUACACUCGGCUGCUUAGAACACAAUCCCUGGCAUCCACUCUGGAUCAAGAGCAACCAGGCAGACAAAACCUCGGGGGCUCAAGGCCACAUCCGCCCAGCCAGGUGGAGGAUGCUCUGUCUGGGGAGGAGGACAAGGAAGAGGAGGAGGAAAAGGAGGAGGCAACAACCUCAGCCCCAGCUCCGGUUCCUGAAGGCCCCGUGGCGCCCCAGCUGGCAGGAGCCAGCCAGGUUCUGGGAGCCUCGGAGAUGAGUCAGGUUCGGGCACAGUCCAUGCUCAGUCUCCACCUGCCGCCGAGAGUCACUGGAUACUCCUGGAGGCUGGCCUUCUGCACGUCGAGGGACGGCUUCAGUCUGCGGAGCCUGUACAGGCAGAUGGAGGGUCAGAGUGGGCCGGUGCUGCUGGUGCUGAGAGACCAGGACGGCCAGGUCUUCAAGUGGACAGGAAGCAACUCUUUCUUUGUGAAAGGCGACUUGGAUUCUCUGAUGAUGGGCUGUGGCAGUUCUUAAGGCAAGAAUGCUGAAGUGGUUUGCCGUUCCCUUCUCCAGUGGACCCCUUGAUGUGAAGAGCCCACUCAUUAGAAAAGGCCCUGAUGCUGGGAAAGAUUGAAGGCAGGAGGAGAAGGGGACAACAGAAGACAAGAUGGUUGGAUUGCAUCACCAACUCAAUGGACGUGAGUUUGAGCAAGCCCUGGGAGAUAGGGAAGGACGGGGAAGCCUGGCAUGCUGCAGUUCAUGGGGUCACGACUGAGCAACUGAACAACAACAAUUAGUUUUUUGAUCAAGAAAACAUUCAAAAAUCACUAUAUACAAUGCUCUAUUAAUAACAUGACCACAAUUACAUAAAAAUAUUGACAAUAUUGACAUAAAAAUAUGUCAAAGAAAAUUUUGUUCAUUGUUGUUUAGUCCCCCAGUUGUGCCCGACUCUUUUGCGACCCCAUGGACUGUUAGCCCAGGCUGCCAGGCCCCUCUAUCCAUGGAAUUUCCCAGGCAAGAAUACUGGAGUUGGCUGUCAUUUUAAAAAUCUGCCUAAUGUUAGUUUCUUCUGUGAUAUCAUAGGUGAUUCUCUUCUAUCCAUCUUUUUUCUGUAUUUUCCAGAUUUUCUAUAAUGACCAGGUACUACUGUUAUAACAGGGGUGGUAGUGAUGCUUUACCUUAAAUAAAUUCUUUGUGUAGCAUGUUAUUGAGCUAACU